AUGGAGAUCCCACAAGAACACCAGUCCGAACAACCCACUCCAACUCCUACGAUAUCUCGACUCUACACAAUACCCGCUGAGAUACGUUUGAAAAUCUUGGCCUUCUGUAUCCCCCGAAAAUGUGCUAUCAAAGUCACAAACAAGAUGUUCCGGCCCUAUGGGGUCGAACCUGUGGUUUCAACGCGUGACCUGUCCCUCGAAGACAGAUUCUCCAACACCACUCCUCUCUGGACAAACGUUUUACAUGUUUCCAAACGAAUGAGUGACGAAUGCUUGAACAUCCUUUAUGGUGAGAACUUGUUUGAACUCUACCUUGACAGAGGAGCUGAAGCUACGCUCAAGAAAACAUUCACCAAAGAGAAUCUCCAGCGCAUCCGACUUAUUCUCGUCAUUACCCCCAGCCCAUAUCACAGCGGGGAACUGAACCCACCCGAUAUUCCUUUCUGGGCCACGAUGAUCCCAUGUCUGAAGGUGUUUGGAUGGGCGACCCAGCCAGACAAGAGAACUGAGCAGAAUACGAGCAUUUCUACGAUGGAGCAAGGGUUGGAGGGCUGGAUGGAGUGGACGGAUGCCUACUUGGACUGUUUCGGUGAAUUUCUGGUGCCCGGGCUGGAGUUCAAAAUGAGAAUUGGCAAUGAAGACGGUGAAUACAGGAAGAUUGGGAGGCUUACUUUCCGGCGAGGACCUUUCGUCAAGAAGACGGGUGGAGACUGA